AUGCAUGAAUGUAACUCCGGAUCUGCUCAUGUUGUAAAUGCUGAGGUUGAUUCCAUGGGAGGUGUUGUGGAUGGCGGAGUUGGUAUAGGUUUGAAAACCUCUCCGCGCCGAGCAGCAAUUGAGAAGGCUCAAGCAGAGCUAAGACAGGAGUACGGCGUUCGUGAAGAAAGAAGAAAGGAGCUAGAAUUUCUUGAAAAAGGUGGGAACCCUCUUGACUUUAAGUUAGGGAAUGCUGCUUCUGUUAGUGUUCAGUCUACUUCACUUGCUGAUCAACAUCAAGAACAGUUUGUUACCAGUGAAGCUAAAGGUAGUUUUGUAUUGACUGCCUCCCCUCACGGUGACUCUGUAGACAGUAGUGCUAGACCGGGUGCUCCUUCUAUUAGUGAGCCAAAUACUGCCGAUAACCUCUUACUUUUUGAUGGUGAGAAUGAGUUGGCCGAAGGAGAAAAGCGAUCUUUACAUUCGUAUAAAAGAAAUAACGUUACUCCUUCAGAACAGUCUUCUCAAAUUGGUGGGAGUCAAAAUGCUAAAGAGACUGAAGACUCUGCUAUAUUCCGCCCAUAUGCACGAAGAAACAGAUCCAGACCAAAUCAUGGUUCCCGGGGGGGCUCAAGGGACGGAAAGGGUUUGAUAUCAGAUACAAACAAUCAAAAGGAUCACAAUGUGCUUUCUGUUUCCAAGCCAAAGCCUACUAGUUUAAAUGACAAAUUAAUUAUUACAUUGAAUAGAGACUUCAAAGAAGAUCAACGUAUUGUACCUGCUCAAGAUAAUACUGUACAAAACCCACUUGUCUUGUCUUCUGUCAAAGCUAGUGCAGGUGGUGAAAUGAACCCAGGAGCUUCAGGUGAACUUGAGCUUUCACCCUGCGUAGCUGCUGGACAACUGGGAGAUGAUUCUUGUCCUGGUCAGACAAAUGGUUUUGACAACAUAGAAGUGGACAGGAAAGGUGCAUCCACUGAAGACCAAAAUUGCAGUGUUGCAUUAGACCUGAAGAGUUUUGACCCAGAAUCCUGUAAUGCUCAAACUAGUUUAGCUAGAGAUGUAAAUAGUGAUACCAAUAUGUGUACUAAUACAGAAAAUGCUGAUGCAAAUGGAAUUUCUUUGGAACAAACUUUGUUUGAGAAGAAACUAAAUUCAACUGGUUAUGAAGCUGUAAUAGAAAGGAGUAAGAUUAACAUUGGUGAAAGUGCUGCUACUGUUGAUAAUGAACACGCCACUGGUUAUGUAAACCAUUCUGGUAGUGGUAUUAUCAUAAAAAUUGAAGAAGACAUCCAAAUGAAUAGUUCUUGCAUGCAAAACAAAUUGAAGGACUCGUCCAAUAUUAGAGGACCGCAUAACAAUGACAGUACUAUAUUGAAGGCUGAUAAAAAGGAAAGUGUUGUCAUGGUUGAUCGUUCCAAUUCUAGCAAGGAUGAAGGCUGUGAAAGGCUUAAAGUAUCUAUGGAUUUGUCAGUUUCUGCAAAUCCUCAAUGUACUCUGGCUGAAAAGUUUACUACUGCUGUGUCUGAUUGUCAACCAUGUUCACCGCACCACUUGAAGUUAGCUGACAAGGCUCAUGAAGAUUCAAUUUUGGAAGAGGCUCGAAUUAUCGAGGUCAAGCGGAAGAGAAUUAUGGAGUUAUCUGCUCACACAUUACCCUCACCUGUCCUCCGAAAGUCUCACUGGGGUUUUGUCCUAGAGGAAAUGGCAUGGUUGGCAAAUGAUUUUGCACAGGAGCGUCUUUGGAAGACAACUGCUGCUGCGCAACUCUGUCAUCAGGCUUCUUUUACUUCUCGGCUAAGAUUUGAAACGCAAAACAGGAAUCUGGAGAUGAAAAUGUUGUCUCACACCAUGGCUAAGGCUGUCAUGCAGUUUUGGCAUUCGGUUGAACUGCUACUAGACAAGGAUGUUCCUGACCAUAACUGUGUUGGCAGUUCAGUUGAAUCUAAAAAAGUUGAUUCAAAUGAAGCUUCUAGGGACAGGCGAAAAAAUUCUGAAAUGGUGCAGGAAACAAACAACUACUUGAAGGGACAGAAUCCCAGAAAAAAUGUGAAACUCAAAAUACAUUCCUAUGCUUCGAGGUAUUUGAUAGAUAGUAGGUCGCAUGGAAUUUCCUCUCAUGCAGAAGCACCGACAACUCCUGAUAAGAUAUUUGAUUCAGGCACUGUUGACAUGUCAUGGGAGGAACAUCUAACAGAAGAAAGUCUUUUCUAUACAGUUCCUCACACUGCCAUGGAAACUUACAGAAAAUCCAUUGAAUCUCAUUUCCUACAGUGUGAGAAAACUGGUAGUAGCAUUCAAGAAGUUGAAACAUCCAUAUAUGAUGCUGGAGCAGAGUUUGGGUUUGAAGAGGUUGCAUACGAUGAAGAUGAAGGAGAAACAAGCACUUAUUAUUUGCCUGGUACCUAUGAGAGUAGAAGAUCAUUGAAGUCAGUUCAGAAGAAGCACAAAAACAGGAUAAAGGCUUACACUCAAAGGUCUGCUAAUUUAAAUGUUGGUACGGUUCCAACGAGACGCUUACGUACAGCUUCUCGACAAAGAGUUGUGAGUCCUUUUGCAGUGGUCACUGGGACAGUACAGUCCCUAGCUAAGACAGAUGCUGCUUCAAGUGGAGAUACCAAUUCCUUUCAGGAUGACCAGUGUACUUUACAUGUUGGAUCGCAGCUCCAGAAAAGUAUGGAGGUGGAGUCGGUUGGAGAUUUUGAAAAGCAGUUACCUUAUGAUUGCGGUGAAACAUCGGUUAAAAUAAAGAAAAAGAAGCCCAAGAAUCUGGGUUCUGGAUAUGAUCAGGGAUGGCAGUUGGAUUCUGUUGUUUUAGGUGAACAGAGGGAUCAUUCCAAGAAGAGAUUGGAUAGUCAUCACUUUGAAUCGAAUGGAAAUAGUGGUUUGUACGGGCAACACAAUGUGAAGAAGCAGAAGAUGACAAAACAAUCGCUUGAAACUUUUGACAAUAUUUCUCCAAUAAAUAAUUCUAUUCCCUCCCCAGUUGCUUCACAAAUGAGUAACAUGUCCAAUCCAAAUAAAUUUAUUAGAAUCAUUAAUGGACGGGAUAGGGGAAGAAAAGGCAAAUCGCUAAAGAAUUCUGCUGGAGGACAGCCUGGUUCUGGAAGUUCUUGGUCACUAUUUGAAGAUCAGGCUCUUGUUGUGCUGGUUCAUGAUAUGGGUCCUAAUUGGGAGUUUGUUAGUGAUGCUGUCAACAGUACUUUACAAUUCAAGCCAAUAGAGGCGCAAUCCCGCUAUAGCAGAGCAGAGGCCGGGCGCUAUGGGAAGAGCCUUAGCGGUGCAGUACAUUAUAGUGGCCGCGAUAGGGUAAAUUGCGGGUAG